CUGCCCAAUCCCCACACCCCCGAAUCAUCUUCCCUUUUUCUCAGAACAAGCCAAAACGUUACGCCCUCUCUCUCUCUCUUUUCUCUGCAGCCUAUUCCUCCUGUUUGUCCACAAACUGUUUGUUGUUUUUCCCAAGAGAAAGAAAACACAGAGAGUUUGGGGUAACUUGGGAUUGGAGGAGGAGGAGGAGGAGAGGAAUUUUCCGGUCUGGGGGUUCGUGAGGGGACUCCCAGACUUUCGAAAGCACCCCAUCUCCCUCAUAUUAUUCUCUCUUUUCACCAUCCUUGAUGUUUUUCCCACCAUUUUGAUUGGUUAGAUUGUUGGGUUCUCCUUCUUGAGCUUGAAGCUCAACUACCCAGAUCUGCUUUGUGAUAUUUUUUGGCUAUUUGGGCCUCUGUAUCUAGACUUGCUCUCAUUUGAUUGCAUUGAAACAUUCAUUUGCUGUCAUCAGCAGCUCAUAUAGUAGCCGAAAGAAGCCAAUUGUGUUUUUUCUUUUUCCUUUUCAUUGAACCCUGUCGAGCGUCGACUGCGGCUUCGUAUGUAUCGUUAUUGGCUGCUUUUCUUGAGACCCUUUACACAGAGGGAGAACAAGAAGCACUUGCUGUGAGCAUCUUGUGAUUCUAGAUUGGCUAAGUCAAACUACACACAGAAAAAAGUUUUGUCCCUUGAGGUGUCAACAGAUAGAAAAGGAGCUGUCUUUUUUAUUCUUGUUAGACUUUCAACGGCAGAGGCCCACUGGUGGGUUCGGUGGGCUUCAUUAGACGACAAGAACCCACAAAUUUGAAGAUCCCUCUUGGCCAUUCUUUCACGAAAUCAUAGUGCGUUGAAGAAAGAGAAGAUAAUUCUGCUUCCUCUCGAUAAGUACCGUUCCUUUCCCACUAUUGGUUCCUCAGUUCACCCUGCCUUUCACACGUAUUAUACCGAAAUUGAAUUUGACUCAGCCGGAAAUUUCACCUUUUCUGAUGCUCCUUUUCUUCUUGUUCACUUGCCUCUCCUUCAUCCUCUUUUUGAAGUCUCUCCCUCUCAAAUCUCUCCCUUUAUGGGCAAGUGAGAUGACAUUGUUGUCACUCUGGAGCCAUCGGGAGUUCUCUGCUUUCUGCAUUUCUAGUUUGAUGAAUAGCUUUUAUAGAAGCUUUAUUCCUCGGACAUGCUCUAAGAUGUCUAUCAAGAAGAUUAAUCUUUCUUCCAGAGUAGAUAAUGUAGAGAUUGGAGAGAAGUCGGUAUUGGAUUUACCAGAAUUGGUCUUAGAAUGCAUCCUGGAGAAACUUCCGCCGGCCGAACUUUUUAACAUGGCUGGUGUGUGUAGUUCUUUGAGGAAUAGGUGUGUAAGUGAUCACCUUUGGGAAAGGCACAUGAGGCAAAAAUGGGGCAGAGUCAUUGGUCCAGCUGCAUAUCGGCAGUGGAAGUGGUAUAUUGCUACUAGGAGGGACAUUGGCAAUCUCAAACAAGGCAAACAAAGCGGGCUUGCAAGGCUCCUAAUUGCUGUAUGGCCUUUAUCAUGGACUAACUCAAAACUCGAUAACAGUGAAAAGCAGAGGAUUCCCCUUCCAACCGAUUCAAUCAUGUCUUGGUAUCUUGCUCUUGAGACUGGCAAGUUCUGUUUCCCUGCUCAGGUCUACAACCGUGAGAAUGGUCAUGUGGGAUUUAUGUUGUCCUGCUACGAUGCUGAGCUUAGUUAUGACUCUCAAACCGACACCUUCCAAGCCAGGUACCCACCUCAUGGAAGGAGAGCAGGUGCAAUAGAAAGUAACGUUACGUGGGAUAGACUAAGAGCACAGCCUGUUGAUGCUCCUCCACAUGAUCUUCAUAUUUCCGACUGUCUGAAUGACCUACAGCCUGGUGACCACAUCGAAAUUCAGUGGAGGAGAAAUGAAGAAUUUCCUUAUGGUUGGUGGUAUGGUGCUGUUGGUCACUUGGAAUCAUGCGACGGCAACGCGAACUACUGCCGAUGUCACAAUAGUGACACGGUGAUGCUGGAGUUCAGACAGUAUGCCCCAGGAUCACGGUGGAGACAUACAGCCAUAAAUAGGAGAAACCAUAGGGAGGAGGGAAAUGAAGCAGAUGGUUUUUAUGGAGGAAUUAGAAAGCUUAAAACUGAGAGAGAGAUUUCAAUGUGGAGGAGUCUGUGGCCAACAGAAGUACUGGAGUAGGUUCUCCUGGUGCAGCUAGUGAAUCUGAGGACUCCCCAAUUUGAAAGUCAGAACAUCAAUUACGAGUACAAUUAUUUUCUGCUUGGUCGAAGUGACUUGCAGACUCCGACAAGCUUUUGACUGUGUUACACGAGGUGGCCUCUGAAAUUCCUUUCAUAUAUUCUUCCUUUGGUCUAAUUUUUUGUGGGAGGAUCAGUCUGGUUCAAAUGAUAAUUCAUGUGAAUUGCCUCCCCAUUGAUUGAAAUUUGAUGUACCAUAAUUAAGAUAGUGUAAACAACAUAGCUGAUCAAUUGAAAGCUGCUGUAGUUUGAUGAUCGGUA